AUGCAUAGAUAUUCUAGUCUCCAUGAUGCCAUGAAGGCACUCAAUGCUGCUGGACAGUAUUAUUCACUUAAUGACAUGGUCAUCCAUCCAUCCAAAGACCCAAAUGUAAAGAAAUACCAUGAUGCUAAGUAUCGAUUUUCCGCCAACUUUAUGAGCAGCAGCUUUCUCAUCGUUCAAUCAUGGCUCAAGCUUUGGCAUUGCCAUAGUUUAUGUGGCAAUCUGUUACACAUUCCUCGUGCAAAUUUUUUCCUUACAAAAGUUUGCUUGUUAAUGUAA